CUGCCGAAAUUGGUGACGAAGAACCUAGGUCACUGUUGUUUGUGUGCGACGUAAGCGUGAUUCUUGAAGUGUCAGUGAUCAAUUGAAGUUGUAAGGGGGAUCAACAUUGCAAGUGGCAUACCGGUAACAGGCGUCUCCUUUGGGUAACAUGAAAACGAUGUGUUAAAAACACCGCCCGAGAGUGACAUUGUGCGGUUGGCAGCAGUAAGCCGAAAUGAAAGAAGGCGGAGUUUCGUGCGCUGUGGGAAGUACAGAUUUCUUCAGCGACGAGAGUUGGAAUAUUCAAUGCGUAGUGUUAUAAGUUCAGAGUUGUCUUGCUUGUGAAACUGUAUCUGUCUCUUUGCAAGCAUGUAAACAAGCCUACGGUCAUCAACUGUUAGUGGACAAAUUUUGCCAACAUUUUCAACUUGCAAGUGCAUGCUAUAGAAGUUACAAUGCACUGCCUGCCUGAAGUUGAUGUUAGUAGACCUGACACAGUGCAACUGUCAGGAAACACAACAAUGAAAGCAAUGAAAGCUAUCUACAACUGGACAGUGUCUGGCUUUGAUAUUUGUCCAGAGGACACUGAAAAUAUUAGAUCUCCUGUAUUCGCUCAUCCAAAUUUGAGUAAAUGGUGCCUGGAACUCGAAAAGGAUGAAGGAAGCCCAAUGCUGUGCUUCCGUCUUGUUGCUAGCAAUGAUUCUCUGCCUGUGAGUGCAACCCUAAAAGCUUUUGUGUUGGAUAGGAAUGGUGUAAGACACUAUGUGUUUCCUCCUGAUGUCCACUGUCUUAAAAUACAGGAGAAAUCUACUCUGCAGUCUGUAAUUGACAAAAUUGACACAAAAGAGCUGGGCGAGGAUUGGAAUUUUGAAUGUGAAGUGUCCACUGUAGAAGUGGUAGCUGAGGACACCAGUGAUGCAUCAGAAGAAGAGUUGCAGUCGGCCAUGGCCAAGGAUCUUGGGCACUUGCUGGAUUCCAAAGACCUUGCAGACAUCAAGCUGAGUGCCGGAGGUGUCCACCUGGAGGCACACAGGGCGAUACUGUGUGCACGCAGCCCAGUUUUCCGAGCCAUGCUGAGUCACGACACGAAGGAGGCUCGGGAGGGUCUUGUGGAGAUACCGGAUAUGGAACCGGAAGUGGUGUCAGAGUUGCUGCGCUAUAUGUACACUGACAUAGUGCAGGUACCAAGUGACAUGACAGAGCAGCUCUUGGUUGCCUCUGACAAAUACGGGCUCCAAGAUGCCAAGUUGAAGUACGAGCUGGAGCUAGUGAGGCAGCUUACGGUAGAUACUGCUGCUACUAUUGCUGUCUAUGCCGUUGUUCACUCCUGCAGCUUUUUGCAGGACGUGUGUAUGGCUUUCAUUACACAGAAUCUUCAGCAGGUGGUGGGGACCGAAGGCUGGGCAAACAUCAUUGACAAACACCCUAAGGCUGUUAAGAUGAUCAGUGAGCUGGUCACCAAAGGAUCAGAAAGGUGCACCUCACCAGCUGCUACACCUGGUUCACAACCAGAUCCCGCCAUUGUGAAUUCAACAGCUGCAGAGCCCAUGUCAGGAUACCUCACUCCCACAACAAAUGGUGGGUGUCUGGACACUGUGUGUGACUCAGGCUACACACGCUGCAUAAGAAAGAAAGUGAUCUAUGUCUGGACUGUGUCUGGUCUAAUGAAUUGGCCUGAGGGCAGAGAUUAUGUUGCAUCACCACACUUCUGCCAUCCUGAGACCCUUCAGUGGGAAGUAAAACUCUACAAAUGUGGAACAGAGUAUGAUGUGCGCUUCCAGCUGUUGGAAAAUAAGGCUGGUGGGAGUGUAGCAGUGGAUUUGAGUGUUUCUGUAAUUCCUCCAGUAGGAGAGAAAUGCAGAAUCCAUACAUCAACAGGCUGCAUGUUUGAAGAAGGAUCUGAGUCAGAGAAAAUUGAAUGUGGAUACUUAGUAGAUGACACAUUGGCAUUGGAGUGUGAAAUCAGUAUGGUGUGUGUCGUGCAGCAGUGUGUAGUAGCAGUUAAGCCAAUGCUGCAGUCUGGUCUCAUACAGGAUCUGCAUUCCCUACUAGAGUCAGGAAAUUUUGCAGAUUUUAAAUUAUGUGCUGGAACCAUUGAGAUGGGGGUGCACAGAGCGAUACUGGUGGCCCGUAGCCCCUUUUUUGCCCGUAUGCUGCAGCCGGGCUCCGAGUUGUUAAAGAGUGGCCAGUUGGAGGUGUCGAAUAUGAAGCCAACUGUGUUGGCUGAGGUUCUGAGGUAUAUGUACACCGGGAGAGUAACAAAUUUAUGUGACUCCACAGGGGAACUACUGGCGGCAGCUCACAGGUUUGAACUGUGUGAUCUGAAGAGAAAAUGCCUGACAUAUUUGUCUCGGCAGCUCGCUGUGGGUAAUGCUGUCACUACUGCUGUGUGUGCCAUGGACAGCAAUUGUGACACAUUGCUAAACUUGUGUAUUGGGUUUAUCCGAUCACAUUUUAAGCAGGUGAUGGGCACUGCUGAGUGGAUUGAGGCCAUUGAUACACAUCCGACAGCUCUCAAGAGAAUUAGUCAACUGAUAGCAGAACCUGGAAAGUAAACACUGGCAUUAUGAAUGUUUUGAAUACACUGUAUGUCUGAGUGCAUGUUUUUUUGCCCUAGUUAUACCGUAUCUGCCAGAACUAGAGCAUAUGCCAUAUUGCUUAAAUAGUGUACAUCCUCGGAAUAUUCCCCCCUGAGCCCCUGCCUUCCUUCCUUCCUUCCUUUUUUAAAAUGAUCUGUAAGGAACAACUGAGCCACGAAUCUCAUAUUCCAUAGAAUGUGCCAGAAAUGAGGAAACAGUCAAGUUCAGUGUUUCAAAUGGGAAGAAGUACACAUUAUUGUUGAAUAAAGCCUUGAAAACUGUGGAUUUUGUGUAGUAAUUUGGUAUGUUGGACCGAAUUAGUACCAUGAAAAAUGUUCCUGUUGCUGUCAUCAAGAUGAAUAUUUGUAAGACUAAUUUGCUUGAAAAUAAUUUUACUGUUGAUUUGACAAAGAAAAUAUUCUUAGAUUGCUGGUUUUUAAUUGAGUUGCCUUUUAACACUACAAAGUUUAUGAACUUUUGAUCAUAGUUUUUGUUUAUUACUUUUUAAAAAAGAAAACUGCCUAUUUAGUCAGUAGUAAUAUAUGUUCAUAAUGUUUUUAUAUUCUCUUGUAACAACAGCCAUAAUAUUGUACCCAUUAAAUCUUGACUCUGUGAUGACAAAAGUUUAAUGUCUGGUAUUUACUUAUUCUGUUCUCCUGCUGCCUUAAACAGAAGUGUGCGCCUUGCUGCAUUCAUAUUAAUUUGUUCCAUAGCAUUAACAGUCAAGUAUUAUAAGAUGACCACUUCUUCACAAUUUAAUUAAGUAUCACAGCACCUUAGCCACAGGUCUUCUACCUGACUUCAUUUUUCUAGUUGUAAUGUUAAUACAGAUAAGUAAGCAAGAAUAUUUUGACCGUGUGCACACUCUGGCCAUAGAGAACCGAAGAGAGUCAGUGGUUUGAAGAGUUAUUUCUUUGGGGUAACUGCUUCUCAUUAAGAGGCUACUGGCAUGUACUCUGAGGUUCUUAGAGCAAUGUAGUUUUGUUCAGCUGCAAAAAUAGGUGCCAGAAAUGCUACCUGAACUUCUAUCUGAAGAUUUUACCUUUUUGGUAAUCACACACGUCAUGAGGGAUGCUCAAGAACAUGAAUGGGUGCAUCGCGUGUGACCAUCCUUCAUAUGUAUAUAUGUAUACUCCAGAACGACAUAUUAUUCUGCUCUUAAUUUUAAAUAAAAUUUCAUUAUCUGCAUUUCAUUCAUUACAGUGUAUGAACGAAAAUCAACCAUAGUGCAAAGUUUACACCGGGAACUCUAAAAUUUCGUGCAAUGUUUUACUUAAUUUGGAACAGCACAGUAUGUAUGAUGGAUAAUGAAAAGAAGUUCAGUCCUUGAUUGAUUAAAGGUGUCAAACUGUAAGAUGUACAAAAAAUCACAUUUUUUCACUUAAUAGUUUCCAAAAAAUUAUUUCAUAUAUGAUGGAACACCCUCUCUCAGCACAGGCACCAGUAUUGGGUGAGCAAUACAGCCAUAGCAAAAGCCAUCUCAGCAUGGCAUCCAAAGAGCAUGUGUGUACCAGUAAGAGGAUUAAAACUCCCCAAGAACUUCACACAAACUAAAACUUGAAUGAGCUACAGUCGUCAAAAAAUGAUGCAGAUGUUUGCUAUGAGACGAUUAUAUGAGGGGGAGUUGGAAAAUAAGUUUCUCCUGUCGACUGUGGGCAGAGUUGUGUGAUAUGGGCGAAAGAUGACACGGCAAGUGAACGCGCAUGUGCAAGAGACUGAUACACCAUUGGGCGGAGGUCGACCGCGAUCAAGCAGAUGGCGCUGUUGCAGUGCCUGCGCAAAGCAGAGGCCAGCUGUCCAGUCUUUUCCCCGGAGCUAUGGAGAGAAAGUGUGUUUCGGAGUCGUGGUCUAAGGCGGAAGUGAGAGCUGUUAUCCACUAUGAAUGAGCACGUGGAGUAUCGGGCACAGAAAUUGAUAACCGCCUCGUUGAGGUGUACAGGUCAGGAGUGCUGUUGAGGCAAAUGGUGCGGAGAUGGUGCCAGCAAUUUGGUGAUGGUCAUCAGCAAGUGCAGGAAUGCAAACAUCUGUCAUCACCUGUCCAAAAGAAGUUCAAAAGCACUCCGUAUGCAGGUAAAUUGCUACUCACCAUUUACUGGGAUGUCAAAGGAGUUUUGCUGCUAGACUUUCUGGAGGAUGCAACCAUCAGUGCUGUGGGAUACUGUGCCACUCUGUUGAAAUUGAAAUAGGUGAUUCAGAAAAAGCAACGUGUCCUCCUCAGAUCUUGCAUUCUGCUAUUGGAUGACAAUGCGAGAACACACACGGCGACUGCAAUGCAGAACCAUGUUACAACCCUUGGUUGGGAAGGCCUAUGCCAUCCGUCUUACAAUCCGCAACUCGCACAAAGUGACGUCCAUCUGUUUCCUGCUUUGAAGAAGACUCUCGGUAGAAGGCGCUUUGGCAGCAAUGCUGACAUCUAACAAGCCGUUCAACACUUCUUCCGUAUGCAGUGCCUUGAUUUUUUCCUGGAAGGCUUUUCGAAGCUUAUAAAGGUUAUGACAAAUGUCUCGAUGUACUUGGAAAUUAUGUAGAAAAAUAAAGAUAUGUCUUAUCUUUAA